AAAGUGUCUAUAUUUUAUUUAUCUGUGUAUAAAUCUGCUGAUGACAGCAACAAGGUCAAUAUUGGUGCAAAUUAGCAAAAACAAAUCUUUUACUUUGUACUGUACCACAUUUGGCAUGAAAAAUGCAGGGAGACCAGGUGCUCCAUUGUUUUAUUGUUUGUAACAUCCUGUUUGCUGCCCAGCCGCCUCUUGGGUAUCAUUACAGCUGCUUCCAGUUGGGUUAGUGUUGUGUACCCACAGCUCAGGUUGGGGCCUCUGGGGUAAAACCAGGUACUGUUCUCUUCAAGGUAGCUGUGGCCUCUCAGAGACUAGGAAGAGCAAACCACUAAGGAGUGAAACGGUAGAGUCUGUUCCUCACUCAGUUUCUGAUUUUAAAUGAUGAAUACUUGUUCCACACGUGGCUCCACAAAAAGCUGCAUUAAGCAAUAUCCUGUGGCAGUUUUGCUCCGUGCAAUGACUCCCCUGCAGACGCAACAUUUGGGGUUUAAACCUUCGGCACAGUUUUGCGUGAAGUUUUGGCUGAAACAAAACCAGAGCACCUGCUUUCACACAGGAAGUGUUCAGUCGGCUCGCCAGAGCUGGUCUGAACACUUCCUGGUUGGUGGCGGAGAGGCGAAGUGACGAACGGCGAGUUCAUAAGACGUCCAGAUAUUUCUCUGAGGAGUAUGUGGACCAAACCAAUCAUUUCAACAUGUGGCCAAAAAGAUGACUGCAAGUCCAGAUUCCUCUGUUUCUGCUGAAUGUGAGAUGGCCACCUCUGACCCCUGUGCAAACGCCCCCCCAACUCCCCCAGAGGAGCCUGAGCCCUCGCCAUCCCCUCGAAAGAGGCGUGGGCGCCGGAGACUAGAGCAAACUGAAAAGAAUAGAGAGGAGCCCGACGACAGAAACUGCGACUCUCCCAGGGAGGGGGAGACCGGGAGGCUGCGGAGAAGGCCGGUCCCCAGAGUGACCUUCCAGGCGGGAGAUCCAUACUACAUUAGCAGGAGGCAGAAGGAAGAAUGGCUGAGCCGCUGGAAGAUGGAGGCUGAGCGGCGCGCCUACAGAGAGGCGGAGAUAAGCAUGAUGGACGACCUAUCAGAGGCUGACUUCCAGAAAGAGGAGGAGCCCAGCAGCCCGGCCCCUCCCCCUUCCCAACAGCACACCGACCCCGCCUCUCCCACAGUAGCUGUGACGCCAGAGCCGGUUGCCAGGGGAGACCAGGCCACGCCCAGUGAAAUAGAGUACCAGGAUGGCCGGGGCUUCGGCAUCGGCACUCUGGUGUUCGGGAAGCUGCGGGGUUUUUCCUGGUGGCCCGGUCGCAUCGUUUCCUGGUGGAUGAGCGGCAGGAGUAGAGCUGCAGACGGCACCCGCUGGGUCAUGUGGUUUGGUGACGGCAAAUUCUCUGUGGUUUGCGUGGAGAAACUGAUGCCUCUGAGCUCCUUCUCAUCUGCUUUCCACCAGCCAACCUACAACAAACAGUCUAUGUACCGAAAAGCCAUUUUUGAGGCUUUACAGGUGGCCAGCGUGCGAGCGGGGAGGCCUGUUCCUUCCUGUGACGCCAGCGAUGAUGCAGAGGGGGUGGAGCUUCAGACCAGACAGAUGAUAGAGUGGGCCAUGGCGGGCUUCCUGCCCACUGGUCCGCAGGCCCUGGACCCUCCAGAGGAGGAACGAAAUCCAUAUAAGGAAGUGUACCCAGAAAUGUGGGCGGAGCCUGAAGCAGCCUACACACCUCCACCUGCCAAGAAACCGCGCAAGAACUCAGCAGAGAAAGCAAAGAUCAGGGAAGUGAUUGAUGAAGGGACCAGAGAGAGACUUAUACAAGAAAUUAAAAAGAAGACCAGGAAUAUAGAAGAUAUUUGCAUCUCCUGCGGAAGCCUCAACGUCUCUCUGGAGCAUCCUCUCUUCAUGGGAGCCAUGUGUCAGGGCUGCAAAAACUCGUUCCUGGAGUGCGCUUACCAGUAUGAUGACGACGGCUACCAGUCCUACUGCACCAUCUGCUGCGGAGGCAGGGAAGUGCUCAUGUGCGGCAACAACAACUGUUGCAGGUGUUUCUGCGUGGAGUGUGUGGACCUGUUGGUUGGAGCCGGCUCGGCGGCGGCAGCCAUCAAAGAAGACCCCUGGAACUGCUACAUGUGCGGGCCGCGGAGCACCUACGGGCUGCUGCGGCGGCGUGACGACUGGCCCUGCAGGCUGCAGCAUUUCUUCGCCAACAACCACGAGCAAGAAUUUGAGCCGGCGAAGCUGUAUCCUCCGGUCUCAGCAGAAAAGAGGAAACCCAUCCGGGUCCUCUCCUUGUUUGAUGGAAUCGCCACAGGCCUGCUGGUGCUGAAAGACCUGGGCAUCCAGGUGGACAAGUACGUGGCAUCAGAAGUGUGCGAGGACUCCAUCACUGUCGGCAUUGUGCGACACCAGGGCCGCAUCAUGUAUGUGGGAGACGUACGGAACGUGACCCGCAGGCAUAUUGAAGAGUGGGGACCCUUUGACCUGGUGAUUGGAGGAAGCCCCUGCAAUGACCUCUCCAUCGUGAACCCCGCUAGGAAAGGUCUUUACGAGGGAACCGGUCGCCUGUUUUUUGAGUUUUACCGCCUGUUGCACGAGGCUCGGCCAAAACCCGGCGAUGAGCGGCCCUUCUUCUGGCUCUUUGAGAAUGUAGUCGCUAUGGGAGUCAGCGACAAGCGGGACAUCUCCCGCUUUUUAGAGUGUAAUCCAGUGAUGAUUGAUGCCAAGGAAGUCUCUGCUGCCCACCGCGCCCGCUACUUCUGGGGCAACCUGCCUGGCAUGUCCAGACCUCUGACGCCUAUGGCCAACGACAGGUUGGACCUCCAAGGAUGCCUGGAGCACGGUCGCACAGCCAAGUUUGAGAAGUUGCGUACGAUAACAACACGCUCCAACUCUGUGAAGCAGGGGAAAGACGAGCAUUUCCCCGUCUACAUGGACAACAAGGAGGACAUCCUAUGGUGUACUGAGAUGGAAAGGGUGUUUGGUUUCCCCGUUCAUUACACCGACGUGUCCAACAUGAGUCGUCUGGCCAGGCAAAGGCUGCUGGGACGUUCCUGGAGCGUCCCUGUUAUCAGGCACCUCUUCGCCCCUCUCAAGGAGUACUUCGCCUGCAACUAGUCAUACAACAACUCUUUCAAUAUUUUUUUUUUUUCCACACACCGACAACUACAAACAGUAUGCAGCUAGAACAUGAAGGUUGGCUGGUGCGGUAUGACACUGAACAGGCAAAAACACACUCAAUGUAAAGAACUUCUUCCCCAGAUCCCACGUAGACCACUGGCUGACCUUAGUGCCCGGGUGCUACUUUUCUAAUUUAUACACACUCUCGCCAGUGCAGGGUUUCUGUAAUGUAGUUCCUCAUACACACACUCUCCUGUCCAACCUUGAAAAUGAUGUCUUCUGGCUUUACUGUGUUGACCAGCGGAACUUCAAACCUCCAGAAGGGGGCAGCAGAGAGGCCCCAGUCUUUCUGUUUUAAACGUGUUUUUCUGAACGACACACCAAUGACUCAUUCUGAACUGUAACACUGUAUUCCUGUUUAGAUACAAUGCUACUGGUGUACUACAGUGCAAUGAACACAGAUAUAACUAUACACACACAAACAAACACACCGGUUAGUGCUUGUGGUGCUGCUCAGGCAAAUGGUGCCACUUCAACACAACACUUUUACAGUUUUUGGUGCUUUUGAGACUGAACGUUCUUUGGUUGAUUCAGUCAUUGUCAGUUUGGUUUGACUUUUUUAUUUUAUUCCAAAACAAGCCGACAAUUGCAAACAGUGGAGUGGCUGGCUGUCAACAUCCGAUCAGCCUUUUUCUGCUGGAUUGAAGACAAAAAAAAAAAAAAAAAGACAAGCUGAGGUGGUGUACAAAGCUUUUCUUCUGUCGGACCAAAAGCAAAAAUAGAGUUUGAGGUUCCUUGCUUCUUUGAGGACGAGCUGCUCCAGUUUCUGCUUGUGAGUUUGGGUCAAAGACUCCAAAAGUCUAUAAACACACAUACAUUUUAACUAAAUUUUUAAUGAAAAAUGAGAAAAACUCAGAUCUAAUUUAAAAAAUAUGCACUUGAUUGUUUCUCUGCAAUUUUUAAUGUUUUCUUAAAGACGAAUUUAACUUAUUUAGCAUAAAUGAAGCAAAAACAAUUGUGGGCAAUACUCAGUACGUACACGUCCUUCCAUCUUGUCGUUAGCAGCAGUACCUUAAAACCGAGUGUUUUCCUGCGUGAUGUCAUCUGUUACCAUCACGCUUAGCUUGUUUUAAACAACCAGGUUACUCAAAGAACUAGUCUAGUUUCAAAUACAUAAAGCAAUCUGAUUUGAAGCUAGUUUUUUUUUAAACCCACUUGCUUACUGCCCCUCACACCCCCAACCUCACAUUACUUGUGCAACAGAAAUGGUGAGCAGUACCUGCGCUAUCCAUCCGUACAGUUCAGAUCCAGAUUCCAGCUCAGAUCAGGAAAACAAAGACGUUCAUGGAUCUGUUUGUCUGACAGUGGAUGAUCAGAAUGGAGCAGAGCAGACUGUGAGGCCUGCCCCACGUAUUUGCCACAUCAUAAAUAUGAUCUUUUUCCGAAAGCAUUCUGGCGUCUGCUUCCGAUUCACAAUGAUUUUAGGAAAGAAAUACUACAUUUUAAGCUUAAUUUUCUUUAUCCGUGUUCUCCAUCACCAGAAUGAUGCUACAAGAACAUGGUAAAAACACCAAAAACACAAUUUUCAUUGCAGUGGGUAUUUAACUGAGCAUGCGUUGAGUACAUUAAGACAACGGUAAAAGAAAUCUUUACGCUUUCGUCCAUCAGUCUGUGUUAGUUUGUAGGGUUAGGGUCUCAUCCCACCAGGCAGCCUGGAUGGAUCUGCUGUAAAGAUGGACUGUUUACCUUCUUCCUGCCCAACAAACGUGUGCUCUUUUUACACUGGUUUACCUCACACAAGCGCAUCAAAAAGUAGACGGCUUCGUGAGGAGGAAGCAAACAAGUCCAUAUAUUUAUUCUUUGCGAUUUGUUUGACACUGUAGAUUUAUGCCGAACUGAAACGUUGGUGUUUUGUGAUUGGUGUCGUAGCUUUAGAGAUUUGUGUCACAAUUACGGGCAAAUCAGCUAAAAAAGGAGUCUUUGAUCCCGUGCACACUAGGAGUUAGCCUGCCAAUGCCUUAUGCAACAAAAUGUCACUCUACUUUUUCGUAUUAGAUCAGUUCUCUCACUUUAGCCUCGAGAAUGGAGAAGCUCCUGGUUGAAUCAGUGACUGGUACCGGUUGUUGCAAGAGCCCAGACCAUGUGCCUCCUGCCACCGUGCUUAACAAUAGAUGUGAGCGAUUUGCUUGUAUUUUUUGCAAACAUAGGGUAUAAAAACAGCAAAUGGCUGCCAGUUUAAUGCAGCCUUCAAUAAAAAUUUGUUUGCAAACAUUGAAGCAGCUAAGAAGAAGAAACUGUCAGAAACAAGUGAACGGUUGUGGUCUGUAACCUUCCUCUUUAAAACUCUUUGAUCCACUCCGCGGGGGUACUUAGUAUUGCUCACAUAUGUUUAUUUUAUUUAGAUGAUAUAAACAAUAGCAUUGUAAAAAAAGAUGAAAGAAACUAUAGCCUCCUAGGUUUUUGAUCAAGUCAUGUGAAAAUGUUCAGAUAGAUAUGACAAUAUCCAGUUUGAAUGCUUACAAAGAAUCCGCUAACAGACAUGAACGACUUUACCUUUACGGGAAACUCACCUGCAGAGCGGCGCUCCCUUUGAGAAGCAUGGAACUAAAUCUUUGAAGGACUUAGCAGGAGCUGCCUCCUCUUCCUCUCAGCAGCUUUUAGAGCAUCUGUCUUGUGCCUCAGCUCCGCUCUCGUCCAGUUUUCAGGACCCUAACCCUGCUUUAGCUUACGCGCCACAUUAACAGAGCCUUUGCUGUGGACUCCAACCCUGUUUCAAUAAGAGCUGCCUCCUCAUGCGACACAGGUACCGGUCUACAUCCUGUCUGGAGGUUUCCCUCUGCCUCCUGCGUGGCGUUGGCUCAGAGAGGAGAGCGCGGCUGGAUGAACGCCGACUCUCUGAGGGGCUUCCUUCUCCUGACGUGUGGUUCAUUGACACAGGGCUGUUUCAGUCUGGUGCUUGUGGUCCUCAAGACGACCACACCUUUUCCAGGAAAGCCUUCCGAUCCUUUGACCUUUCUCAGAUACCAGCUAACAACUGGACACAUGCAAUCCCACUCUCCUCUGCCACACGCAUGCACAAAAACAGUCUCACAAGCCAACAACAAACCAGCAGGUUCAGAGUCCCCCCCCCCCCCCCCCCCCCAUCAGGUGGACUCUCCUGUCACACAACCAACCUUCAGGUGCUUUUGAAACUCUGCUCUUUUUUAUGGUGCACACACAAACACACACACUCACACACUCAGCUGUGUGCUGUAACUCCUGCAACACAGCAUCAGCACACAACUGCAUACACACUGUGUUCUUCGCCGGCUGCCUGUCGCCGCCAGGCUUCCUGUGGCGCUGCUGGGUGUGACAUCAUCACCCUGCGUUGCUUGGUGCUCCUGACCCCCCCCCCCCCCCCCCCCAUUCCCUUACUCCCAUCUGACCCCCCCCCCUCCUUCCAGGUGCUGCAUGUCAGUCAGUGUAAUCUCAGAUUCCAUGUUAGAUUAGGGAGUAAUGAUGAUAAUAAUAAUAAUAAUAUGGUAAUAAGAAUUACAAUAAUAAUCUGUUAUUGUGUGUGUGUACUGUUCCAGGUUGGUGCUCAGUUCAGUUCAGUCUCAGCCUGCAGAUGGGGAAGAGAGGGGCUCGAGAAAGCAUAUAUUACAGUUAGUAUAGUGACUUGUUCUUAUGUACACAAGAAAGCCAGAAGAAAUUGGUGGGAAAACGGUGAGCUGCAGGAAACCCUCAGAGCAGAGGUGAGCUGAAAUCCAAACACUUUAUGAGGCCAACUUCAAAGGUUUUUCUCACAAUCCCCCCCCAGAAAAAUAGGAUUUUCUUUUCCUCGCAUAAAUCUUCUCAAUUUGUUCCAACCAAGAGGAAGUAAAACCAAGAAUUUUCCUCCAUUCUGCAGAUCUGGACCUAGAACAGAUCAUUGACAGAGAAAAAAACACAUAAACCUCCUCACAUGUGCAUCAAACCAGUAGAAAUGUUUGUUUCUGGAUCUUUUAGUUAUUUUCUAUGAAGGGAAAAAAAAUAAAACAUUUAAAAUGGAGAAGAAAAAGAGAAAAGUUGACAGCAAAAGGGCUAGUAAUAUCUUAGAAAUGUAGAAAAAGAUUUAUUUUACACCCAAAAUCCCUAACAUCAUCAACAACAAAUCUGUUACUCUGAGAGAGAAACAUAGAAUUUAAAGUGCACCCACAUUCUUUUUAUUCGUUUUUCUUUUUUACAGAAAAAACAAAUUAUGUCUUUAUACUUUUUUUUCCAAAAAUUGAUUAAAUGUAUUUUUUAAAGCCUAAAUCCCAUCAAAUAUAGUUAAAUAACCGUUUUUAGUGCACAGCAUUUAAAUAUAUCAAAAUGCUUCAUUUUUAUUGUUUUUUUAACUGCAGUAUUCAUAGCGCGCUGUUUGGACUUUGCUUCGUCAGGUUUGACCUCUUUAAUUUUUUUUUUUUUUAAAGCUGAAGCCUUUAAAAAAAACUAAACAUCCUGAUAUUUAUAAUUUGUUCAAUUAGUGUUGAAAAAAGUAAUUAAAACCAUUAAACUGGAUAAAUAUUAUUGGUCUGGCUGUACUGCUAGAUGACUUUACCAUCAUGUUUAUCAUUAUUCACAAAUAUACUUCUGUUACAUUUGUUUUUUUCACAUUUUAUUUACUCUUAUUUUGCUAAAUGUUUAAGAUGGAAUGUAAACACAAAUUUUUGUGUUGGUAGUACGAAGAUACCAGUUGUCGUUUCUUUGUCUUGAGAAACUCUUACAGUAGAAUUUGCUUAAAUUUUGUUUAAAAAAACAAAAAAAAUUGUUUUGUUGAUUAGAUUUUUUAUUUUUGUUCAUAUAUUGUUAUGCCUUUAUGCCUCAAUAGGUUUGCAUGCACUCAAACUCAUUAGUUGCGGCAAAAGCCUUACUGUAGCCUGUAUCAUUAUAAUGUUUCCAUGGCAACUACAGAAACCCUUCAUCAACAGGGCCAGACUCACUCUAUUUUCACUUAGUCAUAAAACGUGGUAGACGUGUUGGUGACAUCAAGGAAAAAAGUUCAGCCGUCAAUGCGACCUCUGACCUUUGCAGAGAGCGCCACCUUAAGGCAGAGCACUAAAUCUCAGCAAUAAUACAUUUUACCACAUAAAAUGACAGAUGACACCUACAGAUGUGUGUUUUGGUUAGUGUACUGUAGACAUAUAGCACAAUUAAAAGUUGGAAGAUACCUCUGCGUUAAGUGCCGCACACAUUUGUGUCAUUGAAUGUCACACGGGCAACACAACUUUAAAUACUUGUUGCUAUGAAAUCCCCUUAAACGUAUUUUGUCAUUGAGACACAAACAUUGCCGUAUCGACAUUACCCAACACUUUCAUGGGGGCCACCGUGUUGAAUUCAGACUCCAUCCGUUCCUGUAGCAUGUCCUCGUGUGGUAAUGCCACCGGCAGACUGAAGGAGGCCUCGCCUCACGGCACGGCGUCCCCGGGGCGCCGUAUUUCAGCUCACGUCUGUUUGAGGGUUGUGCAGGGCAAAAGCACGAGGAAACGCCUCAACGUUUGCGAAUGAGGGUUACGCGGUGAUGACGUUUCUGUUGGCCUAACGUGACAGCUCUUAGGCUGAGUGAUGCGCUGUUGUAAACACUGACACACUUUCAGACAUACACGCACACACGCGCAGCCCACCACGCUCACACGCAGACACACAACACCCACAAAGACAACGCUGCGGCGCACGCAGACUCUCAUCUCAUGGACUUUCUGAAAGAUGAGCUUUUAGGUAAAGGAGGACCUGGUGAUGUUUCAAAAGGUGCUAAAAUUUUAUCUGAAAUAAGAAAAAUAUAUUGUUAGGAGUAUAAAUCAAGUUUGUCUUUACAAUGACUGUAUUUAAGUUUGUCGUAGUAAUGAAAAGGCACUAUUAUUAUUUUACUCUUGUAUGAAUAUGAACUAAUUAAAAAAGGCAUUUUAACUUUGUACUUGAACAAUGUAAGAAAUGAGACGUGAAUAAAAAAAACAGACUGUUUCUUGUGA